UCACAUCCAUUCUGGUGAGGCAGAGUGAUUCUCUCAUUGUACCAAAUUGAUAGAUAGAUACACACUGUGCACCAGCGUUCCAUUCUAACUACAAUGGCGACGGUUACAUCUUCAGCCGACCGUGCGCCAGAGGCUUUAUGGAGGGACGAAUUUCGGCACGGGUUUGGGUCUGCGGACGCGGCUCACGCAGUUCGCACUCGACCCACGACGGUGGCAGCGGUCGAAUUCGCCGCGGAUGGUGGUGAUUGGUGUACCCUUCCGGAACGGGUCGCCGCGUUGGCGGCACACGUCCAACGUUGGGAUUCACUGGGUGCUAUUCCGGAGAACUCUUCCGAGUGGACGUAUGCCUUUGGCAGUACACCUCAAGAAUCGAGAAUCAUGGCUUUGACGGCAGCCGUCCGAGUCACUGUACCUCAACAGAUAUUGAAUCGGCAGUUUUCAUGCUACUUGCAAGCGUCUCUGGAUUACUGUUGUCGCACUCGAUUGGGCGAGGAAAUGGAAGGGGAAGAGGAGAGCGUGAACGGUGACGAAAAAUAUCUCAACGACGCUCUUUUGUUUAACAGCUUGCGUGUUCUGGGAUGGCUGAGAGUGCCUCGCCGUAUAUUCUGGACGGAGGAACUGAAACUCGCAUUGCGCCGGAAAAUGAAACAGUACGUCCGCGAUGUAAUUACGGGAGACUACGAAGCGUCCGGACGGUUCGAAACCUUGCGUUGCUGGAAGGAUCAGACUAUUCUGCCCUGGUUGCAGUCAGCCCUGAUCAUUUCAUCGUUGACUGACCCCGAAGAGGAGCAAGAAAUGGAACGCUGGUCUCAGCGUUUGCAACAUUGGCUCGCGGAUACCUAUUGUGAGGUUCGGAACGAGGAAAUCUUUGAACUCGUGGCAGAUUAUCCCGAUUCGCACGAGGCAGUCUUGGAACUCCGGUACGUUCUUCAGCAAUCGAAUUGCGGCUCCCAUGAAUUCCCCACACUGCAAUUACCAUACGAACGACUCCGAAACGCCCUGAGGAGUGCUUUGGUCCGUCGGGUUUGUCACGCAGGCGCUACGACUUCCCAAAUCAUAGACGUAUAUAUUGCCACAAUCAAGGUUAUGCGUGUUAUGGACCCGUCCGAUCGACUCUUGCAAGUCGUUGCCGAGCCCGUCCGGCUGUAUCUUCAGACACGACUCGACACUGUCCGUUGUAUAACCACCAGUCUGACGGAUGCCGAUCAAGGAGGAGAAUUGUACGAAGAAUUACGUCGUCAAGAUGCCAAGCCAUUAGAGCAUGUAACGGUGGAUUCGGAUGACGAAGAAGAACCACCCACGAUGGAUUGGCAGCCACGACCUUCAAUUCAUCAACCCAAAGGCACCUUUUUGGAAACUUUGUCGACGAACAACAAUGCGGAUGGUGAUAUUCUUGCCAUGCUUGUGAGUAUCUAUGGAAGUAAGGACCUCUUUGUGAAUGAAUAUCGCUUGAUGUUAGCGGAUAAACUCCUCGCCAGCGUCGAUUACAAUACCGAUAAGGAAGUGCACACUUUGGAGUUGCUUAAGUUACGGUUCGGUGAAUCGAGUAUGCGUAACUGUGAAGUCAUGAUCAAAGAUAUGGAUGAUAGCAAACGCGCCAACACCAAUAUUCAGGGGUCGUUGAAAUCUCGGGGUACGACGUCAUCGACGGUAGACGCCGCCAUUAUUUCUCAUAUUUUCUGGCCGACACUGCAUAGCGAUAGCCUUGUACACCAUCCACGGAUACAGGUGAAACUGGACGAUUUUAGUACCAUGUAUGCCAACCUUAAGAACCCGCGCAAACUAGUUUGGAUGCAUCAACUUGGGACCGUGCAGUUGGAGCUCGAUGUGAUUGAAGACGGUCCCAAUGGUGAACCCGUCAUCAUGACCAAAGAGUUUUCUUGUUCCCCGUUGCUGGCUACCUUGAUUUCGCAUUUCGAAGACCGGACGGAAUGGACUGCCGAGGAUCUCUCCAACGAAACUGGUGUGGCGUCACACGCCAUAAAAAAGCGGAUGAUUUAUUGGAUAAACCAUCGGGUAAUAACUGUGCACAUCACGCCUGCAGGAGUGACGGUGUACAAUUUAGCAACUUUGGCUAGUCACGAAGAAAAUGACGCGCACGGGUCUCCCCAACAUUUGGCCUCAGAGGAUGAUGACCUUCACGACCAUACAGUGUCCAUCUCGGCCCAGCAGGAUCAAGAAAUGGACGUUUUCCUUUCCUACGUGGUUGGUAUGCUUACCAAUCUUGGACAGUUGCCAUUGAAAACAAUCCACAACAAUUUAAAAACCUUUGUCACAGGCUCCGACGUAAGAUACGACAAGACACCCCAACAACUGAGUGCCUUUUUGCAAAAUCUGUGUCGACAAGAACGUUUAGAGUGCGGCCCCGAUGGAAUGUACAAGUUAUUUAAAAAGUAA